AAGUCUGCCAGGAAAACUUUCAGUAGUCUCUCCAGUUCAGCGCCAUGCAGUACAGUUGGCUGCCGCAGGAAAGACGCCAGGUGAAGAUACGCGAGAAGCCGCCCUUGGUUAUAUCGCUGCAGCGCUUUGAGCGGAUCCAAGCUAAUGCCAACAAAGCGGCUGAGCAGCAGCAGCAGGAAAAACAGAAGCAACGUCAAUUGGAUGACGAGAAGUUACGCCUGGGCGGCGAGGAGCUACUUCGACGCUUUGCUGGACGCAAUGUAUGCCCCACGGAGCAGGAGCAAUGCCAAAGGGACCAACUGGAGCAGCAGCAGCAGCAGCAGUUGGCCAAAGAACGGGCGCAGGAGGAGAGCAUUGCGGUACAGCGAGAGGAGCAGCUCAAGCAAAAGCAACGCAUCGAGAAGGCGCAACAGCUGCUGGAGCAACUGCGUCCGGGUCCACGGGAGCUGCACUGCGCCAAGCUGCAAAGCGAGGUGCUGCGCGGCAUCAUUACCCAGAGGCAGCUGCAGACACAGUUUGCGGCAGCUACCGAGCAGCAGAGAGAUCUGGACAAACGCAUCUACAGCGAACAGGUGCUCAAUGGGCUGGAGGAGGCGCAGCUGCGGCAGAAACAGCGCAGCCAGCAGCUGAGCAAGCACAAGCGGGAGCUACUCAAGUCCAUCGAGCAGCGUCAGCAGGAACGCAAUGCGACGAGAGCUGAGCAACUGGAGAUCGAACGCAAAGAGCGAGAGCGCAAUGAGCUGCAAGUGAAGCAGCACCUAGAGAAGGAGCGCACCGAGCAGACGGCUAAGGUGCAGCAGACCCGACAGUAUGCCUUGGCUUCGCUGGAGGCAGCCGAGCACCAACGGCAGCAGCAGCAGCUGAUAGACAAGGUGGAGCUGACGCUCUGCGAGGUGCACAACGAGGCCAAGACCAAGCUGGACAACCUGAAGAAUGAUCUGGCCAAGCAGCGCGUGCAGCGGCGACUGCAGCUCAACGACCAGCUGGCACAGCAGCUAGCACCACGGCUCCACUACAGCGCUAGCGAGGAUCAGCGACGCCACGAGAGGCAGCUGGCGGAAAUGCGACGAGCGCACAGUGUGGAGCAGCAGGCACGUCGCCAGCGGCGGGAGCAGUCCAAAGCCCAGCGCCAGGCCAUGCAGCGAGAAGAGCAGCUGCAGGCCGAGGCAGCCAAGCAGCGGGCGAAGGCGGAACACAACGACGACGUGGCUAGGCGACUGGAAAACGAACGCAUUCACGUGCAGUUCAAGCUGCAGGAGCGCCAGGAGCAGCUGCGUCGCCAGCACGAGUUGCGCGCUGAGCUAGACAAGCAGGAGCAGCAGCGGCGCGAGGCAGAGGCACGGCCAACCACUAACUACAAUCGCUUGGCGCAGCUGGAGUGCCUGCGUGAAGAUGCUCGCUUCAUGGACUAUGCCCACCGACUGAUGAUCGAGGCGCAGAGCAGAGGCUGUCCCCUGCAGCCCUUCAUGCGCGUCCUGGAGCAGUACAAGAGCGCGAAUCGCAUUGGCGCCGAGGUGCGUGUGCCGAGGCAUCUGGUUACGAAGUUGACCCUGGGACGACGCACUAAAGGAGACAGCCCAGCAGAGCAGCAGGCGAGCAAGGAACAGAGCACGAGUGAGGAAGAAGAGUACAGUAGAAGAAUAGAGGAGACCCUGAAGAAAAUUCAAGCUCUCGUUUUGGAAGACUCCAAACGGAAAGAUGAGCAAAAAAACAAGGAAACGGAAGAAUUGCAAAGUAAUUCGAAAGAAGAAGGAAAGUAUGAUAAAUAG